AUGGUUAGUAGUGAUGUUGGUGAUCGUGUUAAUCUCGGUGUGCGAAAGUGCAGCAAUCUACGUGGAGAUAGCAAAGAAGACGAUUUCUCAAGAAGAAAAAACCUAACGAUUGGAAAGACUAUGCAUGUAGUUGGUGCUGUGGCCACUACUCCUCAAAAGGUGAGAGAUUGUGUUCGUGUAUGCCGUGAAGAGCUGCCUGGAAUAGUUCUUUCGAUGGCAAAAUCUAACGAUUGGAAAGACUAUGCAUGUAGUGGGUGCUAUAGAGCCAGUACUCCUCAAAAGGUGAGAGAUUGUGUUCGCGUAUGCCGUGAAAAGCUGCCUUGGUUGACUCUUUCUUAA